AUGGUGCGUUCAAAGACAUUACAUGGGAUUCAAAACAACACAAAGAAUGAACCAAGUCGAGUGUUGUUGAUCAAUAAUAACCAAAUACCAACGACGACUUGGAAUGAUCAAAGUCAUUCGUUUCACACUCAAUUGAUUUCACUCCAUCCAUCGACAUCAUCCAAUACUUCGCAAUGUCCAUUCCAUGCGACGAAAUCUGCAUCGACCAUGGUGUCUUCAACUAAUUCAGUUUCUCUCCAAAUGGAUACAUUGAAACCAUCGGUCGAUGAGAAUUUGACCUCCGAAACUCUCAAACACGAUCACUCUCCACAACCUCGUGUGAAAUCUUUUGAAGAAAUUCCUGGACCUAAAGCAUGGCCUUUCAUUGGUCAUUUACUUGAUCUUCUCAAACAUAAGGGAAUUCCAAAUAUUUAUUUUUAUGAAUUGUGUGAACAAUAUGGAGAUAUGGUUCGUCUUAAAAUUCCAGGCGAGAAUAUGUUGAUUGUGUCUCAUCCUGUCAUCAUUGAAGAAUUGGUGAAAAAGGAAGAACGACGUGAAUAUUUAAAGUCGAAUCGAUAUUAUAAGCAACAACAUGAUAUAACGUUGGCUCCUAUUGAAAUGACCUUCUUUGAGGAUUGGCAAGAAAUUAGAAAUCUCUACAAUGUGGCCAUGAAACCUGAAAAUUUAGAAAAAGUCAGUUUACCACAAAUUACUGAACUCAAUGGAGACUUUUUACGGACUCUUGUGAAAAAAUUGAAACGAACUGACAAUGAUGAUGGACUCAAAUAUCGACUUCCGAAUGCCUUUGACGUGACAUCUUUAUAUACUUUCAAAGCAGUGGCUAAAACCUUUUUAGGUGUCAAAGUCACUGAAGAAUUGGAACAACAAAUGCCAUGGACCAUUUACGAAUUUGUCGAACAAGCUGUUCGUGCCACCGAUAUUGCACUCCAACUAGACAACAAACCACCUCUCUAUCAAUACAUUAAAACCAGUGAAUAUAAGGAAAUGGAAUUUUUAAUGGACAAGAUUUACGAUGGAUGUAAACUCUUAAUCAAAAUGUUCGAACAAAAUCCAAAUCCUAAAAUUCCUCGAUUGAAAGAAUUGGUCGAUCAACGAGCUGUUGGAAUGGAACAAGCACAUAAAAAGAGUGAAGGAGUGUUGAGUGCCUUCUUGAAUGGUGGAGUAGAUAUUACAUCACGAAUUAUGGUCAAUCAAAUGUAUCGAUUGGCACAUCAUGUGGAAUAUCAAGAUAAAUUAUUUGAGGAAUUGAAGGGAUUGUUUGGAGAACCUACAACUGAGGAGUUUGAAUCAGAAAAUGGUUUGGAAAUUACUUGGGAAAAGUAUAAAAAGAUGAAACUUGUGAAGAAUUUCUUGGAAGAAACCAUGCGUUUGAAUUCAUUCUCGUAUAUGACAAGUGGCAGAUGGGCCGUACAGGACUUUGAAUUGAAUGGAUAUUUAAUUCCAAAAGACACUCGUAUCUUUAUUAUGAACUAUCAUCCAAGUUUGAAGGAUGAGUUUGUUCCACGUGCUAAAGAAUUCAUUGCAGAGAGACAUGAAAAGGGUCAUCCGUUAGCUCCAAAAUCCAUGUACAGCAGUCUUCCAUUUGGAAUUGGUGCUCGUAAAUGUCCAGGUAGUCGUAUCGCAAGUACUGAAUUACACAUGUCACUCAUCAAUUUGGUCAGACAUUUCAGAUUGACUCAUGAAAAUCCAGAGAAAUUCCCAGAAAGCAGCCAUGAUCAAUCCAUGCUGUACAUUAAUUCAAAGAAUCAUCCCUUGUAUCUCAUUCCAAGAGAUCAUAUGAAACCAAUUUUAGAAAAACAUGUGAAAUAA